CUAACACUUUAGACUAUUUAUUGUUUCUUCUCAGAACAAAAAAAAAUAAGUUUUUAUAUUUAAUCCCUACUUUUUUCCGCUAAUGGACCAGAAUAACUUUAAUCUAAAGAAAAAUAGAUAAGCUGGCAACACUGUUAACACUGAGUUGCACUCCGAAGAAAAUGAAAAAUUUUAAGAUUUUCGUAAAACGAGAAAGGCUACAUUUAUAAAAAUUUAUGUAAUAUUAAAAAAUUUACGCUUUCGAAGGGUCACAUUUACACGCAUAUACAAACAUGCGUCGAUACAUAUUUAGCAGAGAAAGUACAAGUAAUUCCAAAAAUCGCAAAAUUGGUAUCCCUAUGCAGUUGUCAAAAGUGAAAUCACGAUAAAAAUGCAAUGGGCGUUUAACAGUGAAUAAAACAAUUUUUUUUUAAAGAGUUGUAUUUGUUGAAAAAGAUUGAAAUUAAGAAUAUUUAAAAAACCAACGUAAGCACAAGUGGAGAUAAAGCGCAUAAUCACUACAAAUAAACGGCGUAAGUCUACAAAUAGCAUUGCAAUGCCACCAUUGAAGACCUACUCGCCGCACAACGAAUUCAAUGCAAACUGUCAUAAUGGUAAUAGUACCACUAACGCUGGGGAUGGUGAAAGUAAUACAUCAACAGCUGCCUCAGCGGCAGCAUCAACCAUAACUGACGCAUGCGGCGCUAUGAGCAAUGCGGGUGCACAACGCAAUACUCUACCUUGUUAUAGCAACGCACAAUUUCCAUUCAAAGUGUUGGCUAAUUUAAAUCAACUGCGGGCAGAAUCUCGUUUUUGCGAUGUGGAAAUAGUUGCUGGUGGCAUUACAUUCAAUGCUCAUCGUGCAGUCUUAAGUGCAGCCAGCGCCUACUUUGAGGCAAUGUUCCGGCCAGAGCUUGGUUUAAAUGAAGUAAAUCAGAAAUCUGUAGUAUUGCACACUAUAGAUGGUGAAAUUUUGAGCAUUCUGCUGGAUUUCAUAUACACAGGGCGCUGUGAAAUUACACAGUCAAAUGUACAGGAGCUGCUAGCUGCAGCAGAUAUGCUACAGCUACCGGAAGUUGUGGAUGGCUGUUGCGAUUUUCUUUGCCGUGAACUGCACUCCACCAACGCAUUGGGUAUUUUACGCUUCGCAGAAGCUCAUAAUUGUGAAACAUUAAAGAAGAGCGCUUUGAACUAUGUCCACUCUAAUUUUCCGGCGAUAACCCUUGAAGACGAAUUCUUAGACACACCACAAACUCUGCUGGCUCAGUUGCUCACUUCUGAGCAGCUGCGUGUCGAUUCGGAGUCCCAAGUUUUCCAAGCAGCUUUGCGAUGGAUAAAGCAUGAUGUUACCCAACGUCGCUGUUAUGUCUUCGAUACAUUGUCGCAUGUGCGGCUAGCUCUCGUUCCCGUCAAAGUAAUCGAUCAGGCUUUGAAAGACUGUCGGGAUAUGUCAGUUAAAAUUGCCUUGCGUUCCAUUUGUCGCGACAUCGCAUCGAAGCGAGGUCAAUUGGUGCCACUGCGCGUUUGUCCACGCCAACAAGCCAAAAAGAAUAUUUAUAUUAUUGGUGGCUCCAGACGUGAGUCUCAGCGUGAUUGGACACCAUCCGAUUGCAUUUUCGAAACAGUUGCGAAAUUCGAUAUCUUUAGACGUGAGUGGUCAGAAACGGCACCCAUGGAAAUCGGUCGCAUUUUACCUGGCGUGGCGGCGUUAAAUGGCAAAAUAUACGUAAUUGGCGGUGAGCGGGGCUCACAAAUCCUUGCUAAUGGUGAGGUAUAUGAUCCGCAAACCGAUGCCUGGACACCCAUUGCACCAAUGAUUGUGCCUCGUUGUGAAUUUGGCUUGUGCACAAUCGGUGGAACACUGCUGGCGGUGGGCGGCUGGUUAGGCGAUGAUAUAGGCGGUUCCAUUGAAUGUUACGAUCCAGAAAAGGAUGCCUGGAACAAGUUGGGCGAUUUACCAGAACCGCGUUUUAGCAUGGGCGUAGUCAGUUUCGAAGGGCUUAUUUACAUUGUAGGUGGGUGCACAACUUCCAGUCGCCAUUUGCCAGAUUUAAUAAGUUUUAAUCCAAUAACUCAAGAUUGGCAACCGAUGGCGCGAAUGCGCACGGCACGCUGUCAAAUGGGCGUCGCUAUUCUCAAUCGUUAUCUUUACGUUGUGGGUGGUAACAGUAGCUCCCAAGAUGUGUUGAGUACCGUUGAGCGUUAUAGCUUCGAUGAAAACAAAUGGGAAAGUGUCUGCUCGAUGUCGGUGCCACGAGCUAUUCCCGCUGUAGCAGCCGCAGAUGGCCUCCUCUAUGUGGCUGGUGGGGAUCAACCAUGCGAAGAUAAUUUUUAUCGCGCUCAUAUUACAAUCAACGCCGUGGAAGCGUACGAUCCGUUGACUGAUACUUGGAAGAAUUGUCCCGAUUUACCCGUAGGGCGCUCGGAGGCUGGCGCUGUUGUUGUUUAACGUCGGUCCAUGCAUAUCUCCGUGACAAUUGUGGGCAAUAACAACUGGAUUUGUAUUGUUGUACUUCAAAAUUAUGAAACUGUCUUCAAAACGUUUACUAUCUGUAUCUGUAAAAUUAAGCUUACACCUUUUUCGAACUUUUUCGCCCCCAUCAAAUAUGCUCAUAAAUUUUUUUCAUAAACACUGUACUAAAUUGGGUAUUUGCAUUUUAUAAAAACCCUACUCCUGUUUAUUAUUUUUUUUUUUUUUUGUAGAAAAACUGCACAAAACAUGUCAAUGAACUCAAAUUAACCUCGCGCUUUUAAACAUAUACAUACGUCUACAAUGUCAUUUGAUAUUUCAGUUCAAACUUUUUUUAAACCAAAGGCCUGAUUUUAUAAAAACUUAUUUCUGAUAGUGAAACCUUUAGUUUUAAGACCGUUAAAAAGUUCACUUGAGUGUGCGAUUACGCAAAUCUCGAAAAAAAUAUUUUUUAUUAGAGUUGGCAUUAAAGGCUUCCAUUUAUAAUAAUUUAAAUGAAUAUGUCAAAACAUGCAUAUGUCAAAACAUGCAUAUGUCAAAACAUGCAACUCGAAAUGAAAAACUAAUAAAUCGAUAAAAAUAUCAGUAAAAUUUUCCUUAAACCGCAUGACGUACAUGUUAAUUCUAUAGUAUAUACUGAUAGCUGAUGUUAUUAAAAGAUGUGACGUGUCUAAUAUAUUGUAGUUAAGAAACACAAAAAUCUAAAGAAUUUGUAUGUAUGUAUGUAUGUACAUACACUGGCAACCAAACCCGAGUGCAUUUACAUUUUAUUACUUACAGUAACAUAGCUUUUUAAUAAUAAGCAGAUUGCGUUGAAAUUUUCAGCAAUUGGUUCUUAUUAUCCAAAGAAUUAAGCCUAGUAUAUAGAAAAGCUAAGCGUAAACAAGAAAAAAUCGAUUCGCAGCAAAAGCCUAAGGCAACUGUAUUCACUCAGUUUUGAACUUUUCUGUUUCGGGACUUUUUAAGGUUGAUACCAACAGGAUUGUGGAGACUCCCCUGUUUGUAAUCGCAAUUAUCAUAAGUCCGAGAAGGCUCUUGACCACAGCGCAAAAUUUUUCGAUGGCGUUGAGAUCUGGACUUUGUGCGAGUAACAUAGAAGUACGUUGGAUGCGAGUAAAAUUAUAAUGGGAUAAUAUUUCAAGCGAAAUCAUAGAAAACUCAGUAGAGAGCAUUCUCGGACUUAUGAAAAUUAUGAUUACAAACAGAGGAGUUGCACAAUCCUGUGGGUAUCAACCUUCAAAAAUCACAAAACAGAAAAGUUCAAAUAUGGGUGAAUAGAGUUGCCUUAUGUUUUUGUUAUGAAUCGCUUAUUUCUUGUUUAAGCUUAGCUUUUCUGUAUACUAGGCUUUAUUCCUUGGAUAUCAAGGGCCAAUUGCUGAAAAUUUCAAAGCAAUCCGCUUAUUAUUAAGAAAGUUAUGCUACUGUAAAUAAUAAAUUUGGUAAAUGCUCUCGGUUUUAAUUGACAGUGUAUAUUAAAUGACAACUUUUUAAAACGAUUGAAAAAACUCUGCAAGAUACAUACAUACUUCUCAUAUAAAUUAUAUGCAUGUAUGUAGAUUAGGGUGGUCCAAAAAUGCAUAUAGUCCU